AUGUCCGAGUCAAGGAAUGCAGACAAGGAAGCUGCAGUUAUGGACCGCAAAAAGGACCAUAUAAAUAUCUGCCUCAAGAGGAAUGUCGAACCCUACAAGAAUGGGCGCUCGAUAUGGGACAAGUAUGUUGUACCAUACACCGCACUUCCUGAGAUCAACAUGGCAAACAUCGACACACGCUGCUCCUUCAUGGGGCGGAGUCUCUCCUUUCCCUUCAUUAUUUCCUCUAUGACUGGUGGUGAGUCGCACGGUCGGACUAUAAAUAUGAGUUUGGCGCAAGCUUGUGAAGCAGAGGGCAUUCCUUUUGGAGUUGGAAGCAUGCGCGUUGUUAAUCGAUACCCCGCGGCGGUUCACACAUUUGACGUCAAGCAGUUCUGCCCCUCCGUUCAAAUGUUCGCGAACAUUGGACUCGUGCAGUUAAACUACGGCUUCGGUGCCGCUGAUGUCAACAGGCUUAUCGAAUGCGUAAAGGCGGAUGGACUCUUCAUUCACCUUAAUCACACACAGGAGGCAUGUCAACCCGAGGGGGAUACUAAUUUUGAGAAUCUUCUGGAAAAGCUAAAGGCCCUCCUUCCCCAAGUUAAAGUACCGGUGAUCGUUAAGGGAGUUGGGCACGGAAUCGACUAUGAAAGCGUUGUCGCCCUUCAGCGUGCCGGUGUGAAGUAUAUUGACGUUUCGGGUUGUGGUGGUACCUCUUGGGCAUGGAUUGAAGGAAGGCGGCACCCCUACACAGUGGAGGAGGAAAACCUCGGCUUCAUAUUCCGUGAUGUAGGCGUGACUACGGACCAAUGCUUGACGGAGUGCGCGCCCCUCGCAAAGAAGGGCGGACUCCAUCUUAUCGCAGGCGGGGGCAUUCGCACCGGUCUCGACAUCGCAAAGUCACUUAUGAUGGGAGCGGAGUGCGCGACGGCCGCCCUUCCGUUUCUCAAAGCUGCAUUGGAGGGUCCUGAAGCGGUGCGCAAGGUGAUCCAGCGCCUCAGAAGGGAACUCGUCGUCGCCAUGUUUGCUUGCGGCGUGAAGGACAUAGCAAGUCUCCGAAGGAAGUCACUCCGCUUGCGCGCACCACUCUAG